AUUCAUUUGCUUGUGUUGACAGAAAUGGUCACGGUAUAUUUGAGCUUGCAGUCCUAAAUCGCCAAGAAAAGGUUUUUAGUUUGGUAAAGAAAAUGAACUUAUAUUUAUGGGGUUGGAAAUCAGCGAAUACGGAAAGUAAAUAUAACAUUUUGCAUCUAGUUGCAAGGUCAGCAUCUUCAAGUGAAAUCUCCGGUGCAGCACUGCAAAUGCAGAGAGAAUUACAGUGGUAUAAGGCGGUGGAAAGUUAUGUCCAUCCAUCCCUUCAAGAACAGCAAGAUAUGUUCCAUAGAACUCCUAGACAAGUGUUUACCAAAGAACACAAGGAAUUAGUAGAAAAAGGUGAAAAAUGGAUGAAGACCACUGCUAAAUCAUGCACAUUUGUAGCUGUUCUCAUAAUCACAGUCGUCUUUGCCGCAGCUUUCACUGUACCAGGCGGCAACAACCCUUUCGGGAUACCAAUUUUCUUGCAUCAACCAUCUUUCUUAGUGUUUGCAGUAUCAGAUGCCUUUGCACUCUUUUCUUCCACUGCUUCACUACUUAUGUUCUUGGGCAUCCUCACUUCACGUUAUUCAGAAGAGGAUUUUCUGGAGUCCUUGCCGAAGAAAUUGAUUAUUGGCCUCAUAACGUUGUUUUUUUCUAUAGCAAGCAUGAUGGUAGCAUUUGGUGCAACUGUUUACAUAUUCCUUUCUCAUCCAUGGAAAUGGACCAUCAUUCCAAUUUCCCUCCUUGGAUGUGUUCCAGUGACCCUGUUUGGCUUGCUGCAGUUUCCUACGUUGCUUGAAAUAUAUUCAUCCACUUAUAGAUCUAGUAUUCUUCAACCAAAUAAGGAGUGAAACUUCUUUCUAAAAGCUACACAAAUUGUCACCGUGCUUUAACCAAAUGAAAGAUGUACCUUCUUGUGAUGUGCCCGACAAUUCCAGAAGGGAUUUGAGAGUUACAGUAUAAAUAGCAUUUUUUUUUUUUUUUUUUUUAAUUCAAAGGUCCUAU